AAAGAAAUGACUUGGGAUGAAAUGAAUAUUUUAGCAACACAUCAUCCAGCAGAUAAAGACUAUGGUCAUAUGAAAAUAGAUGAACCUCCCACCCCCUACAGUAAAUUAAGUGACGUGGAAGAUGAAGGGGGAGAAGAAACAAGAAGGGGGCUUGUGAAAUUUGAUGCUAUAUAUGUGUAUAACUUUUUUUUAGAACACGCUCAUUCUGAUAUUUCAGAGCAAUGCCAAUCUAGAAAUAAUGCCCAAUUUAAUGAUCUCUUUUCUGGUAUUUCAGAGCAACGUCAUAAUUUUGAAUUAAAACGUAAAUUACAUUAUAAUGAAUACCAAGCAGUUCAACUAGCCAAAAAACUCAUGUCAGAAGAGGAAGAUGAAGAAGAAAAUGAU